AUGGCUAAUAAUAAAAUUUUAAUGGUAAUAAUAUAUUGCGUAUUAACAAAAAACGGGACGAGAGUUUCAUCCUUUUUUUAUGUAAUAGAGUUGCAAUUAAUAUGGUCGCAAUCAGCUAUACCGCAAUCACUUAGAGAAUGUUAUAGCAACAAUCCUAUAUCGAACUCGUCGCUUCCGAUGAACUUGCGGGUUCUGGUAGACAUACUUCGCAAACUGGAAAAACAUUCUGACUCGAAUGUGGAUAUGAGAACAAUGACAUCGUCAAUAUUGCACAGAUUCAAAUUUGACGGCAUCGAGUAUCACAAGGAAGUACAAUCCGCGAACGGAGUGCUUCCGUUCGCCGCGACUGGCAUGCAACGAGUUCGAAAUUCAUUGAUGGAGGACUUGGUUCCAGGGAAUGCCAAUAUUCUUCCGGCUCACGUGCUUUCCCUAGAGGAACGUUGCACGCUUCAUCGGAUCAUCUCGAACACGAUUUUAAAACCUGACGAUAUGAACUGUCCGCGAUUUGACAAUACAACAAGUUUGCGGAGUUGUCCAAGGGAAGAAGGAGUUUUAUUAACGUCAUACGGCACCGUUGCUCCAGGCAUUCUUAUAGGAGCGAUAGCUGCAUCUCUUCAACAUCAAAACGUUUCUAUAAAGCAGUUAGUUGCAAGUUUAGAAGCACAUCUUCUGGAAGAAACCACUACGGAUAACAAAUACAAUUGGAAAUAUGAUGAAGAAGAGAUUGAUUUUGUUCUCCCGCGGAGUGAGAUGAUUCACGAGCCAUCCAUGUGGUACAAUCAGUUAAUUACUUCAAAUGCGGAGCUCGACAACAUAUGGUUGACAACGAUCGCAGGCGAAUUAGCAGAAAUAGUACUAUUCCAAGGGCCUCUGCUGGGUAACAAUAUGACUCUCGGCGCGAUGGGAUUUUGGGAGUAUCACUGGUCUACUCAGUUUCCGAAUAUCUACUAUCUCGUGAAUGAGAAAGAAUAUUUCGAAGCUACUCGAGCCGAGCUGAUGGGAGGCAUCGAUGGCAUGAUCAUUGCAAAGAACUUGCAGACUUGGCUCAACGAUUUGUACAGCCUUCGACUUAGCCAAAUUUUUUCUAUGUACUAUUCGUACGAUGGUAUUACUUUCAGUGCGAAAUUGAGAGCCUGCGAACGAGAACACAUGCUCUCUCACGCAAUACCAAAGACGGAUUUAAGAGAACAGACUUACGCGACAGCUCAAAUGCUAGCUCAUCGCAAAAGCAUUGCAUACAUUACUCCCGAAGCGCUAGAACGAAUGGUCAAUGUAGCCACCAAGAAAUUUUAUACCUACACAGAAAAUCAUUUGUCCUCUGAGUCAUCGUGUCAUCCAACGUACGAACCACAAGUGGAAGCGUUGGUGGUACUCGAUGGUGGAUGGUCCGAAGAAUUCGCGAAAAAUUUCCUCGCAACUCUAUUAGAAGAUUUAGAUGUAUCAAUGUACGGGUCACGAAUGGGAGUGAUUCACGGGACAUCGGGAGAGUGGUUGUUGAAUGUUACGAAUAGUCCAUCGAUAGCGUAUCAAGAAUUAAACAAUUUCUUAAGCGCCUCGUGGUCGCCAAAAUUAAAUUUUACGCGAGUUUUGGAAACGGUAUCUGCUCAUUUGAAUGAAGUUUGGAAACGUAAUCAAGAGUACGCAAGGAUUGGAGACCUUGGCCAAGUAGUUAUACUAUUGACUCCGUUAGGAUCUAUGUCCAAUGAUGAGCAACAAUCUGCAAUAACAUCAUUGCGUGAAAUAAAACAUAAUCAUCCGGACGUACAUUUUAUAUACUAUGUAUCACGAUAUAACGAAAAUUUAUUCAAAUCGUUUGUACUGUCCAAUGAAGACCAUAUGAUAAGUACUAAUAAUAUCAAACUUAUUUCGCAUUAUGCGUUUGAAAUUCCACGAACAUUGAGAUCCAUCACACCGCUGAAUUCGAAUGACUCGAGAAAUCUACAAUUCGAAGAUUAUGUAAGCCCUUCAAAAACUGUUACUUAUAGGAUUCAUAAGCAUUGGACACGAAACCUACAGAAAUUGUCGAUUCAUACUUUCAAUUACGGUACAAUGCAAGCCUGUUUAUGGAUUAGACAUGAAUCUGGCGAUUUAAAAACCGUGAAUUGUACGAAAUUAACUGGCUACGAAGAAAUUGCGUUAACCAAUGACGUCAAAUGCAAUGACGGUUCGUCUUGUCCUGACGUAUACCUUUCUUUAGGUAACAUAACAUCCUUGUAUAGAUGCGUGGAGAUAGACUGCAAGACGCCGGAUCAAGUGAGAGUUAUCCUACGUAUCAAAACAAAUCAAGCUAAUUUUGUAGGUCCAAACAUGAAAACAAUAUCGUUAUGCAUCUUUUUUGUUUUGUACUUUCUCGGGAGAAUUUCAGCGUAGUAUAAAACACAAAUAUUAGUUAAUAAUUUAGUAUUUAUAUCGCUUUCAUAUUUAAAUGUAAUUCAGUACAUAGAAAUAUAUUUAUUACUUAA